UUUCGUUCUCUUCUCCGAUAAUGAUUAAGGUUAACUUCUCUGGUUUAUGAUAAUUUAUGAAGUCUUAAAUCAACAAUCUCUCCGAGAUUAUGGUCGAAUGAUUUGCUGAUUUCACAUAUACCAAAUCCCAAAUCAAACCCUAAUCUCGAAUCCAUUUUUUUAUAUUCUUCAGGACUGACCUAGCAGCGCCAUUCUCCACCAUGAUUCGAUCUAUUAAUGGAAGUAAAAUCGUCCCACCAUGAGCCGAUCUCAAUUUUCGUAUUAUAUUAUUCGAUCUAUAACCAUCUUCUUCGAUCUAUAAGAAUUUUCUUUCUUCAAUCUCACUGUGAACCAUUUUCUUCUUCAAUCUUUAACUGUAAACUAUUUAAUUUGUUCUCUCUUCUUGUGUCUUUAAUCAUCUUGGUUUCUGUCAAAAUAGUUUAUUAUUUUCAAGAACAGAUGUUCGAUUUUGUGAAACUUUAACCUAGAUUCUUCAAUUUAGGAUAUUUCGAGAAUUGGUUACGUGCUUUGUGAACUUGGGUUUUUCUUGAUACUUCUGUUGUUGAGUUAUUAACUAUGGGUUUGUGAAAAGUUUGAACUUUAGGUCAUAUGUGAUAAAAAUCAAUUUGAGCAUGUUUAGCUCUAGUUAAGUGGAAUGUUGACGCUAAAAAUAUGUUGCAGACUCUAAGCGAAUAAAUUCUCAUUGCUUUUGUUGUUGUGAAGGUAGAGAUUAAUAGGUUAAGUGAAGAGCUAAUUCGGUUGAAGGAUCUGAUUUUAUAGAUAAAAAAGUGAAACCUGAGUUUGAACCAAUUAUUGAAGUUUGUGGAUUCCUUGUUAAAUCUUGCAUCUCUAACUGUGUAUGUCUAAAAUCCUGAUUUAUUCAUGAGUUAGGGUUUUGAAGGUUUAUUCUUGAAUUUUACCCUUUUGAUAUGUAUUAUUUCUGAUCUGAUGUCGUGAUUUGGGGGUUCUGCUAGAUUCAUGACUUGUUUUCUUAAGUUUGCCAUUUGUCAGUUGGUUUAAUGUUGAUUGUUGAUUGCAGCUCAAGGAUGGAUACACAACAAUGGGAUAUUAAGUUUGAAAGAUGAUAUUUUGAAGAUGAAGAGAUGGUUUAGUUUGAAGGUGUUGAAAAUAACUAGCACCAGUAUGUAAGAACAAAAUCACAAGGGAGAAAAGAGAUAAGUAAACUGACCUGGUUAGCAUACACUUAGAUCACUUGAUUCAAGUCAGAUUGAGGAAUUAUGUGCCAACCCUGGUUCGAUUGAUUCGAAUGAGCAUUUUCAAAUGAGCAUAUUGGAGACAAAGCUAAAGCUUUAUGGAAAGAGAGGAGUUUAUAAGGACACUGAUUAGAUUACAGGAAGAGCGUGGGGAAAUCCUCGAUAAAUAUGGAAUCCUUUACAACUGUGCUUUCUCCCUAUGUGAUUAAGGAAGAGAACUAAACGAGUAUUGCCUACUUUUUUUCUCCUGUCAUUUCUUUGUUUUUUAUUCUUCUUUGCGUGAUGGAGAGUGUUGUAUUGUUGAAGAUAAAGUACUCUUUUGGGUGAUGAAAGGCUUAAACAUAAUUGAGUUUAUCUACCCUUGUGCAACUAUUGUAUUAUGCAACUCAUUGUGGUGCCUGAAAACCGGUUACAUCUGUACUUCAAGAAGGGGCAAGUGAGAGAUGAUGACAAAGCUGAAGAGAGGGUCGAGGAGAAGGAGAAUGUUGAUGAUGCAGUCAGGGAAUUUGCGCAGCUGUUUAACGAAGUUACAGGAAACGAAUGGGAGAGCGAGAAAAAAAUCCAGAAGAAGCAUACAAAGUUCUAUCUUGUAUACAUGGGUGAUGGUGUCGAUGUUCAACACGGUGGUCUGGGUCUCAGACAGUUUUAUCUUACAGGUGUGCACUAAUGGAGAUGAGACUUGACUCGCCUGAUUCGUCUAUGGGGAUGCUGACAGAUGUGUGCAAAAUUUGUGUCAAAGUACAUGAAUGAAUUGUUACUCAUCCAAGUUGUAACAGAUGCUAGGUUAUAACCUUUUCAGGUGAGGAAGUUCUUAACGAGUUCAUAGACAAUUUCAAAAUGACAAAGGAGACUGGACAGAAUAAUGAAGCAAUUUGGUCAGAUUUCAGCCAGAGAUGGUUCACUCUUAGUUUAAUUUCCACUUGCUUAUAGUUUCUGUUAUACAUUGCAGGGAGUCUCGUUUGUUGGAUUGUUUGUAUGUUGAGAUAUAUGGCUACUUGUCAUUAUUGAACUACUACCAUCCU